CAUGCGCCCAAGGGUUUGCAGCGUUGGAAGCUGUCGACCUCUGUCGUUGGCGGCCGGCGGCGAUGGAGACGGCGGGGAAACCGUUGAGGCCGGCGGGCUCUUCUCCCAGCGCCUGAGUCGGUGUCUCUCCGGGCAGCCAUGGGGCUGAGUUCCAGCUCCGAAGUUCCCGACGGGGGCUCCGAGGGUUAUCAUGUGCACGGGAUUCAGGAAAAUUCCCCUGCUCAGCAGGCUGGAUUGGAGCCGUUCUUUGAUUUCAUACUUACCAUAGGACACACGAGACUGAAUAAAGAAGGCGACACCCUGAAAGAUCUACUAAAAGCCAACGUUGAGAAAGCUGUGAAACUGGAAGUCUUCAACAUAAAAACGAUGAAAGUACGGGAAGUGGAGGUCAUCCCCAGCAAUAUGUGGGGAGGGCAGGGACUGCUAGGGGCCAGUGUGCGAUUCUGCAGUUUCCAAGGUGCCAAUGAACAUGUCUGGCAUGUGCUGGAUGUGGAGCCAGCUUCUCCAGCAGCAUUAGCUGGCCUGAAGCCCCAUUCUGACUACAUAAUCGGAUCGGAUCAGAUACUCCACGAGUCUGAAGAUUUCUUCUCCCUGAUCGAUUCUCAUGAGGGAAAGCCUCUGAAGCUGGUGGUCUAUAACACAGAAAUGGAUUCCUGCCGAGAGGUUUUUGUAACCCCCAACGGAGCCUGGGGUGGAGAAGGAAGCUUAGGAUGUGGCAUUGGAUACGGCUACCUACACCGAAUUCCCACGCAGGCGGCUGCCCUAAAGAGAGCAACUGAAAUCUCUUCUCCUUUGCCCUCUGGAGACAUGCCUCCCGAACCCCCAGCUAAUGGCUACAUGGAGGCUUCCUUGAUGUCCCCUAGCCUAAACAUUGAAGAAACCGAGAAUUUGGGCUACAUCUCGGGUCAAAGUGUGACCCCCCGUUCAUUAGAAAACUCCCUGCCCCUUCCUGCUCCUCCUCCUCCUCCUGUUCAGAGAGUCAUGGAUCCAGGUUUUGUAGAUAUGUCUGGCGCUGCUUUUCCCGAAUUAAUUGACUUAGUAAAAACAGCCCACGUGCCUUCUUCUUCUCCUCCUUUCACUUUAUCAGAUGUUCUGGAACCUUCUGGCAGUUUAUCGACAUACAGUGAAACUCAUUCAUCUUUUGACCAGGCCUCUCUUCCAUUCUCAGAAGAAUCGGUCUCUCUCCAAGCAGACGAGAGCUCUCCCGAAUUACUCGAGGGAAAGCCUUCUGGGUCUCCUCUGCCACCCCUUCCUAUGGACCUGUCUCCAAACUCACCAUCUGGACCGGAGGCUGAGGCUGAAGAAACUGUCCGGCCCCACAGCGGGGCAGAGACCCCCAUACUAUCCAAAACAGACAGCAACGACAAAGGUGCCCAGGAAUCGAUGGCUGAAACCAAAGAGGCCUAGCCCUUCAGAGGACAUAUUUCACCUUUGGGCUUUGAAGCUUUUGGCACCAGAAAGCCCUGGUUUUACGUGCUGCAGAAACAUUUUGAUUGGUUUCUGAAUCGCAGUAGAAUUCAGCUUCCUUCAGUCACACUAUUGUACCCCGAUAGCAGCAAUCGGUUGACUCUGGGGUCUGUAUACCUCUGUUAGUUCUGCUUAGUGGUAAUAACACUAAUGAUUGGAGUUGAGGAACAGAUUUUUUUUUUUUAAGCCUCUUUUCUCUAGCCUGCUCAUACAUUUUAAAAAAGGGUGGGCUCCAUGAGCCAUACCAAUUGCAUCAUAGCAUUUCCAGAGAGGGCAGGUAGGAAUUUGUGAGGGCGGGUUUGAGACUGUUUUGAGUUUUUAAAUCUUAAAAGAGGUGUCUCUGGCGUAGCUGUACCUAUUUUGCUCCAUAUUUCCUCCCCAAAUUUCUCCCCCCCUCCCCUCCCCGUUGCUGUCAAGAGUUGGGAGAGAAGGAGCAAAACCUGAUUGGAAGCACUUGUUACCAAGUGGCAGCUGAUAAGAAAUGCAGGAAAACUCCUUAUACCUCCAAGCCCCAGAAUUCCUGAGCUAGCUGGCUCAGGAAUUCUGGGAGUUGAAGUCCACCUGUCGUAAAGUUGCCAUAGUUGCUCAUUCCUGCCUUGCGGGAAGGCUUUUGGCCAAGUGCAGCUGAUAAGAAAUGUAGAAAAAAAAAUUGAUAAUAGGUGUGGACUUCAACUUCCAGAAUUCCUGAGCCACCUGACUUAGGGAUUCUGGGAACUGCACAUGCUGUAAAGUUGUUACGGUUGCUCAUCCCUGCCUUAAGGUAAAGUUUUUAAGCUGAGUUUUUUUUUGGGGGGGGGGGGGGAAGGGUAAACUUUGCAAAUUUAAUUGUUACUUCUGUCUCUUAUUCCAUUAAUUUGACCUCAGAUGAUUUCAUUUGAAAAGUUUUAAUUUGGGAAGAACAGCAUGAUCUUUUAUUCUAAAAUCCACCUCACCCAUAUCAACCUGUUUAAUCUUUGAUCCAUUUGAGCCUCUGACCUGCCCCCAAAGCUUCCUGAAAUGUGUGAGCAGAAUUAAGACCCCAAUGCAAGACCCCCAAGAAGUAUGCUGCUUUCCCUGCCCCAGCAGAUCCCACGAAUGGGAUGAUUUGGAUUUCAGCCAGAGAGGUAUCCACGUGUAAAAGAAUGCAGUCUCAUUGUGUAGGUACAUUGGACUGGGAACUUCUCCUAACCUGUUUUAUAUUUCAUCCCAGAGAGCUAUAAUCAUUAUUUGCUGCUGCAGAAAAUUUACAUGCAGCCCCACAAAAACUCUCUUGAAAUAGUAGCUGAAGAAUCAGGACAUUAGCAAUGUAGGGUUUUUAAUUUCUGUUCCAAAUUAGAGGUGCCAGUGCCCUGAUCAAUUACUGUCAAGCUACUCUAAGUCUAGUCAGAGGUUAGCACAAUGGCACUAAAUCAAUAUUUAAUUUGAGAUGCAUGCUACCAAGCAGAUAACUGACCAUCUGGUAAUGCAGUGGUGCCUCUUAAAGUGGAAGCAUUCUUUUCUGCCACUAUGGAAAAUGAGCAAGAUUGCUUCUAGCAUGAAUAAUGGAGCAAAUUGGUGACAUUAAAUCAAAUGUUUCUCAACCUCAGCCACUUUAAGAGGUAUGGACUUUUAACGCCCAGAAUUCCCUAGCCAGCAUGGAGCAGCUGGAGAAUUCUGGGAUGUCCCUGCAUCUUAAAAGGACCGAGAUUGAGGAACGUUGACCUACAUGUGGGAAUGGGCUUUCAAGAAUCAUUUUCUGUUGGUUGUUUUUAAACUUCAUUUAGUUACUUUUAAAGAUUGUGAAAGUUUGCUUUGAUAAGAGAUUUAUUCUAAUCUGAAGCCAUUCUAUUGUUUUUAGAAUUUCUUUUUAACUUGGUAGGUUGUCAGCUACUAAAGUCUUGCAAUGAUUUACAAUGGAAUGUGUAUUGUUUAAAAUUUGUUGUGAAACCAGUCCUAAGUCAGAAGGCCCAUAUAAAGGCAAGCUGAACAAAAUAAAGUACCAUUUGCUUAAA